GAAUCGCCCUGUAGGGGGAAAAUAAAACGAAGUUACGCUAGUAGCUUGUAGCCUAGCUAUGGAACCCUGCUACAGACAAACCUAGCUGGCUCACACUUAGCGUAUACACUUAAUUGGAUACAAGCUAAUUUACUAGAGAUGGCAAACAUAACUGGAUCCAAUGGUCUAUGAUACUGUGCAGCCAUGGGUGACAUGAAAACCCCAGAUUUUGAUGAUCUCCUGGCUGCCUUUGACAUCCCAGAUGCCACAGGGUUGGACGCUAAAGAGCCCAUCCAGGGGAGUCAUGAAGAAACAGAGAGUCAGCUGAAAGACACAGAAUUAUGCCAGGAUGACAAUUUUCUGGGUAACCAAGCUGUCGCAAUAGCAGAUAUUCCUGUUGUUAGUGUUAUUGUGAAAAACACAAGUCGUCAGGAGUCGUUGGAAGGAUUUGAACCAUCAUUGCAAAAUGGAUUCAGGGGACAAGAGGCCGCCAUAAACUUUCUUGAGACAACCAAUGCUGGCUUUUCCAAAUCAUUUGUCUCUGCUUUGAAUGGGGAAAUUUCAAGAGAGCUUCUUGGAAAGGCACCUGUUCAACACAAACCUGAUGGAACACCAAUAUUUUCCCAGUCACUUUGUAAUUUUAGUCCUAUCUCCAGUCCUGAGUCUGAAGACACUCAGUGCAGUAAAAAUGAAAUGCAUCCAAAACAAGACAGACCCUGUUUUCCAGAAGCCUCAGUUCUGGUGGAACCUUCGAUCCGGUCUCCAGGGGUCAACAAUCAACAAAAGCCGGACCUAAGUUUGUUUGAUGAAAGUCUAAAGGACUACGAUAUUGGCAAAAACACACAGAGUAGCAGAGAGGAAGGUAGUAGAACGGAGAAGUCCGCUGAUAUUUGUUUCAGUAACCAAACAGAUAAAACAAACAAAUUACACAGUACACUUCCCCCACCAAGUGGUGACCAGAACAUCACAGAAACCAACUGCAGUCCAGGAUCCACAACGGAUGUUCCCACUUCUUUUCCACAUGUCAAAUCUCAGACACCCAAGUUAUCCUCUUGCCUUGAGGCCCUGGUGGCUCUAAACAGUAGAAAAGAUCCUAGUGAGCAGAAUAACCCCAGAGAGUCAUCAGCAAUUCAGAAUGACGUCAUGAAAGCAAACCCCACUGUGCUUAUAACCCCACAAAGUCCACUUGAAGCUGUGAAACGGUUAAUGAAACCCUCUGAUAGUCCUGUAAGCAUCUGCAGUGACAGUAGUGGUAAAGCAUCCCCUGCAGUGGCAACUGGGUCCCCCCCUGCCAUACCAAGGGUCAGAAUUAAAACCAUUAAAACUACAUCCGGGCAGAUCAAGCGCACAGUCACUAGUGUGGUGUCUGAUUCAGAAACAGAUGAAGUUCAUUCAGCAUAUGAAUCCUCUCCAUCACAUAGUAUGAUAAGUGAAGAUUCUUUCUGUAAUAUGUCUCCUCAUCAAUCUCAAGGUGCGUCUAUUGAUAGUGUUGUAGGUGUGCAAACUAAAGGUACCCCAGCUAGUACAUCUGCACCAAAGGUUUUACGCAACAAGCCAGAGGUUAACUCCAGGAAGUCGGGCGUAACACAGCGUGCAACCGUUUUCCAUAAUACUAGUGGUCCUGUCAAACGACCUGCUGCACACCAGGGGCCGAAAACAAAGAGAGGAGCAGCCACAACGGGCCCUACAGCAACUACCAACUUCCUUCCCAAAGCAAUGCACUUGGCUAGCCUGAACCUUGUCCCUCACAGUGUUGCUGCUUCUGUAGCUGCACGGUCCACCUCUCAUCAACAAAGCCAACCCACACUCUCUCCUACGGUGUACAGCACUGUGCCUCUGGUGCAUCAGAUCAAAUCAGCCAACUCUUAUCCUCGCACAUCUGCUCCCAACACAGCUGCAGGAACCUUAAACAGACUGUUGAACAAUGCCAACCCUGUGCCUACAUAUGUUCCCAACCUGAACCCCCCUCCAGAGAGCAAUAUCACCCUUCCACCUCGGGGAUACUGCUGCCUUGAGUGCGGAGACUCCUUCGUGGUGGAGAGGAGCCUUGCGUAUCAUUACAGCAGGAGGAGUGUUCACAUUGAAGUAGGAUGUACUCACUGUGCAAAGACAAUAGUGUUCUUCAACAAGUGUGCCCUGUUGGCACAUGCACGGGAACACAAGAACAAUGGCACGGUGAUGCAGUGCACGCAGCUCCAUAUGAAACCCAUCGCAGAGGAACACAUGUUUGUACCCCUGAGUGCUGUGAAUGUGGACUCUUACACUUUACCCUCCCCUAAAAGCCAACCUGUCCUGCCCCUAUACCAAGACAAUGUUAUUCGCCACAGACUCCGUUGCCUGGAGUGUAACAAGCAGUAUUCUGACUACAAAGCACUAGCUGGCCAUUACCAGAGGCCUUCUGAGGACGUGGAAGGACUCACGUGUAAGGUGUGCUCAAUGUUGUUACCCAACAAGUGCAGCUUCAGAGCUCACCAACGCAUUCACGCUCACAAAUCGCCUUACUGCUGUCCUGAAUGUGGUGCCCUGAGUCGUUCUGCAGACAUACAGAAACAUGUCAAGGAGAACUGUCUGCACUACGCCCGCAAGGCUUGGUACAAAUGUCUUCACUGCGAUAUGGUUUUCAAGACCAUUCAAGGACAAAAGACUCACAUUGAGGAGAAACACUGUGACGUCUUUUACAAAUGCUCAAUCUGUCCAGUUGCCUUCAAGACGUCUGACGGCUGUGAAGUGCAUUUAAAAAAUAAACACAGUGCAAGCAAAAUAUCCCCUGUGUUAAUUUUUAAGUGUUCAUGUGAGACGGUCUUCAAGAAAAAGCAGUUACUAUUACAGCAUUUCCAUCAAAAUGCCAACAAGCGUGUUACGUGUGUCUUCAAGUGUCCAGAAUGCAACUCGGUCUUUCCACAAAAGCAGCUGUUAAUGCAGCAUUUCAAGGGUGUUCAUGUAGGAAACAUGACAGAAGAGACAGAGAAGAUCAGUAAAAAAACAGACAAUCCUGACUGGUCCCAGGAUGAUCAUUCAGUACAAGAAAAGAAAAGUCACAAUCCUGUUAAACACACAGACAGUCCCAGAAAAAAACCCGAGCAGGACAGGAAAGCUCGUGUGAAGCCCACCGGCUGGACGUGUGGCGAGUGCCUGAAGUGGUUCCCUGAACGAGAGUCCUAUGUUUCCCACGUGAAGACCAACCACAGAAAGUCAGUAAAGAAGUAUCCAUGUCGUCAUUGUGAGCAGUCUUUCAACUCUGCAAUCAGUUUGAGAAGACAUAUUCGCAAUGACCAUGAUGGGAAAAAGAAAAAGAUUUACACCUGCUGGUAUUGCACGGAUACCAAGACAACAUUCACGACGAGUUUGAUGUUGAAGAACCACAUCAGUCUAAUGCAUGGAAUAAAAAAUCCUGAUCUUGGCCAAAUGCCGAAAGCAGCUGUCCAGGAAUCAAAAAAGGCUUUGCGCAAGGGGCUUGUAUCAGAUAAACCUGCGGUGGACUCCUGGGAGGAGGGACAGGAUCGCACUUUGAGUCCAGAGGCUCCUCCAGCUAAACGUCAGAAAACUCAGUUCCGCUGUUCAAAAUGUGGCUUCCUCACAGAAAGCAGUACACAGUUCAAGCAGCACAUACCACAGCAUAAGACUGAUGAAAGCACUCCUCAGUGCCUUCACUGUGGUUUGUGUUUCACAUCUGUGCUGUCUCUCAACAGACAUCUUUUCAUUGUGCACAAAGUCAAAGGUCCCAAUGAAGGGAAGAAAGAAGGCGAGGAGGACGAGAUGAAGGAGAAGGAGCAGGUUAAUCGGCCAGUUAGCUCAGCAGAUACUGAGGAGUUCAAUGACUUGUUACUGGAGCUAAUUGACCCUGAGCCGUCGCAGGCGGGAGAGACAGCGAGUCUGCACUGUGACAAGACCUCGGACUGUAGCGUAAAACUGAGCGCUCACUCUCAGACACAAGCAGUCUCUCUGCGUCAGUGAGACCUCUGAAGCUGCUUUUAAUAAAUUCAGUUUAAUGUGACAGUCACAUGGGUUACUCAAUAUUCUGCAUGGACGUUUUUGAGCCUUUCUUUUUUUUUUCUCAAUUUAUUCACAGGCCGUUCGGUAUAUUUAAGCAGAUCCUUAACAUUGAAUAAAAAGCAGUAUUUUCAUAAAUAAUAAGACAAAUUCAUGUUAAACUUUUGUAUUAUUUUGUAUUUAACUUUGCAUGUUGUUAAUAUAUUCAUCUUGCCUUUCAGACACAACUGCACACAUAUUACAGCUGACGCUUUGUUCAUUUCCUCCAAAUGUUGCAUCCACCCUGAGAGGAGACUCAGGAAUGUCUGUUAGUGUUUAGGUUUGGUAUCGGUUUAAUGUAACAUUGAAGAGGUGGCUUAUUGCUUUUGUAAUCAAUGUUUAUUUUAAUUGUAAUUUUGUCUUGAGUAUUUAAUGCUACACACUAUUGCCUGAAUGGGAUUCAGGUUGCAGUUUUUACGACAUGACUGUUUUGCAAUUCAUUUUGCAGUACAAGGUUAGAAAUGUAUUUGCCAUUUAUUACAAAACAGUAUAUUUCUGUAUUCAUUUAAAAGCCGUAUUUCCACAUUUGUGUCGAACAGUCUCUUGUUAAACUAUCCUGUGGUUAAAUACAGGUGAGAUGUUUUGCUAAGCAAGGCCUUCUGAUGUUAGGCCACACAUAGAACAACUUUGUAUUUUCUAUUUAAGCAUUCUGAAAUGCUUUUGUCUUUAUGUUUAUUGAACAUAUUGAACAUUUAUUUGAACAUUGAACAUUUAUUUGUGGCUUCCCAGAUCUGGCCUUUGUAUUUUAUUUAACAUUUAAAAAAUAAUGUCUUUCUUUCUUUUUUCUGUAUGGGGGGAAUAUGGAGAGGUAUUGGAUGUGUGGUGCAGCAGUAUUGAAAAUACCUCAAAUUGCCAGAAUUGUAUUUUUGUCGGCAAGAGAACAGUCGAUGUAAUGUCAAAUCAGGGUGCAUGGUUUUGGAUAAUCCAGAGCAGGUGUGAAAGUGAAGUUUGGCGGCAUAUCAGAGAUAGUGUUUUAUAUAUCCAUACUUGUUUGAUCAGAUAAAGAUGUGGAAUCUAUUAUGACUUCAAAACAGAUAUUUCUUAGAUCAGUGCUUGUGGGAACGUCUUGUUCACAUGUUCUGGUUUGUAAAGCAGCACCUCUUGUUUUGUAUUGAAUACGUGACAGUUCCUACCUCCAUGUUAAUGGCAGUGAUUGUUAAACGAUGAAAGACUUUUAUCUCAGUGCAAUGUAAAAAUGUGUUUAGAAAAUGUGUACUAUCCCACAUUAUUCAAUUUUAUGAAUUACUUUGGGAAUGAUAUCGAAGCUAUAUGGUCAUAUUGACUUAACUGGCAAGAGAAGUUUUGUAUUUAUGUGCUGUGUAAGCUUUUCGUUUUUCUGUGAUCUUAAAUCAUUUAUUUACCGCACUGCAGCUGUUAAACUGCAGAGACGAAAAGGAAUGUCUUGUUAUUUUGUAAUGCUUGUUGAAAGAUAUUUGUACUUUUGAUACUUUGUACUGCAAGGACUUGUGUAAGAAAGUAAACUGUGCACACACGGUAGCCAAUGAACCUUGGAUUCAAAGCAUUUCUUAAGCCAUUACAUCUACUCGGCAUGCAGUGGCAUAUGUGCCUUUCUGUAACGUUUACUUCAAAGUACUUAAAAAAUAAACCGGUGCAUUUAAUUAUACAUCUGCUCUAUCUUU